AAAGUGCCGAUGUUGCUCGCGGUGUGUGAUUUAGUGAAAUCUGCAGCAAAGCUGUGUCAAGUGUUCAGAGUCUAUUUUUGUCCGCUUGCACUGGCCCAUCUAUAAUGACUUCAUUCUGUCGCGGAUCCACAUGCGCAGUCCUGCGCUUUAUUAGACGCGGAUCACAGCCACACGACAAGUUCGCUCUCCAACAGGAAAAACUUCUAAAAACUGCAGUCCAGAGAUAAAGAGUACGAGAAUGGGAGACGCUGAGGUGGAUGCUGGUACAAUGGAAGUAGAUGACGAUUCUCAGAAGAUCGAUAUGUCACUGGAUGAUAUUAUCAAACUGGGCGAUGCAGAACAAACAUUCUUACAAGCCUCUCCCAAUGAAAGCCUGCAGCAGCAUGGAAACAAAAACAGAGGACUUCGAAAAAGAAAAACUUUUGGAAAAAAUCAGUUUAAUGUAAGAAAAGGGUUGCCACAGAUUCAACAAGAACCCUAUAGGCUACGCUCAAGGAAUGAGAUGCAGCAAAAAUUCAACAGAAGGCCACCCUACAACCUCAGGAGAAGUGGCCCUGGAAUAAACUCACCAUUACUUUCUACAAGCAUGAGUCCCAUAAAUCGUAUGCCAUUAAGGGGAAAGAGCAACCUUGCAGGGAUUUCUGGAGGGGUUAAUCCCCAAGGGAAACAGUUACGAUUUCUGAAAGCACAGCCACGGACAAGAAAAAAAUUCUGGCAACCCAAUGCUGGACCUCAGCAAACACUAAGGAGAUUUCCCCAACAAAACAGAGCCCUGAGACUGCAACAAUUACAGCAGAGACAGAAGAACCAACGACAGAACCAUGUGAACUUUAAUCGGGGAUUCAAUAUACAGCAAGUGGAUGGCACCUUCACUGAGACAAGAAAUAAAAUGAGAAGAUGGAGACAGCCUCCCACCUCUGGCUCUGUCCUCACAGUGUCUGUCCCAAACCCAAAGGCAACUAAGGACACAAUGGCUUCAAGAUUAAGAUUUAAACAGUCAUCAGUUCCAUCAGACAGACAAACUGAAGCUGCAGAUGAAGCACAUCCUCAACCCAAAGGGAUUCCUUUGAGAUUUAACUUUAAAGCAGUAGCCAAUCAGACUGCCAUCACUUUGAAUGAACGUUUCUCUAGCCUACAGAUUAAAGGUUCAGUCAUGCCCAGAAAAGGACGACGGACUGUAACACUCCAGUGAAACAUCUUCAUGAAAAUUACAUGCUUGGUAAACGGAUAGUAGCAGUUGGAUGGAAUUAUUAUUAUUAUUGCAAUCGUCAAUUAUAUUUAUUAUGACUGGAAUUUGUUUCUAAUAGAACAAAAAUAUUUUCUUUUUGAGUACUUUGAACAAUGAUUAUUUCAGUAUAGCAUCUUUCAUACAGAAUGCCAUUCAUAAUUUUUGAUAAUACAGUAUGUAGGAAGCCUCAG